AUGUCUUCAACAUUAUCAUCUCCCUCAUUAUGUCAACAAUCCCAAUGUGAUGCCUAUCAAUUUACUAUUUGUCGGCACUGUCAAUUAUUUCUCUGCAUUCGACAUUUAGCUGAACAUCAACAACAGUUUCCAAGUGAUUUUCAACGUUUACUGGAUGAUGCACGAAGACAGCAAGCACAAUUAGCAUCAUUCGAUAAACGAUUAGCUGAGCAACGUUUAAAAUUAAAUCAAGUCCUUGAUAAUGAAAUGGAACAUUUUCGACAACUGAAUGCUUAUGUACAAUCAAAAACAUCAAUAACAAAUAGUAUUGGACCAGACGAUUUUGUUAAUAUGCGUUCAUGUCUGGCACGGUUACAACAAACAGCUGCAUUCCUACCUGUCAUUGAUAAAAUUGGACAACUUAUUGGUGAACACGAAUCAGCAACAGCUACAAACACUAGUAAUGCUCCGUUUAAUGAUGAAAGUGUAUAUGGUACAUUUGGAGAUUCCAGAAUAUUUUCAUUGGUGAAUCUUAAACAAGAACAAAAUCCUUCAUCAACUACUUAUUCAAAUCUAGAUCUUUCAUCAUCACUUACCGACAAAUUAACAGAAAAUGAUGAAGAAUUGCCAGAAAUGGAGACCACUCAAACUCAUAGUUCCUUAACGGUUCGAGAGUUGAAAACUUACAAAUGUGACUAUUGUCCAUUAGCAACCAAUACUUAUGGUAUUGAACAACGUCAUCAAGUUCGUCAUAUUCCAUGUAUUCGUCGAUCAAAUUCUCAAAUAUCUUUAUUUGAACAUCUUAAGCAAUAUCAUUAUUUAAAUUAUGCAGCAUCAAUGCAAAUUGUUCGUUUCGUAUCAUCCGGCGAUCUUGAUGAUCAUCCAACACUAUUUUCAUCAGCAACUGAAUCAUCCAUUGUAUCUAUAUUGCCAUCAUUCUUUCGUGCACCAUGUCCGUUAACAAGACUUAAUGUAUUCGGUAUCGGACCAAUGCAUGGCAUCCGUUUAUGUUCGCCAUCAGCUGAACAACAAGAUUUUGCUUUAUAUGAUCAUUUUCUUGCAUAUCAUCAAUUAAAUCGUGCAAGUGCUAUGAAGUUAGUGAAAGCUAUGAUGAAAAAUGAAAAUUCUAGUCAAAGAAUAUUAUUUCGACCUGAUGAACAAGUCUUAAAUGAAACAGCUUAUGUAUCGUGUCCAUUAAGUAAUUAUAAUGCGGUUUUACCACAUCAAGAACGUAUACCACAUACGCCAUGUCAAUCGACAGUUAAAUUGCGUUAUUUAACUGGUCAUUUACGCGAUGUACAUCAUUUAAAUAAAACAGCGGCAAAACGUAUUGCAUCUGCAUUACGUAAUGAACAAGGAACUGUUGACGGACGAUCUAUCGGACUGUUUGAAAGAGAUGAAAAUAUUCUUAAAGCGAAAAAGAAAAAGACUAAUGCAAAUCGUUUUCGACCACCUGCACAGUUAGCCAAAUAUGUUCAGCAAAAUAACAAUCUUAAUCAACAGCAACCUCAGCCGCCACCUAUAUGGUGA